AUGAGGAGGGACCAAAGCAGCCCCACUCUGUCUCCCAAAGCUGGUCGUAAACAGCCCAGUAUCGAGUGGGAUGCAGAAAACUGUUUCCUCAGCCAAGGUGGUAUUUCACACUGCCUGCAGACAAGAGCCAAAACAUUGCCCUACAUGGGCUGUGAAAAAAAUCCCAAUCAUUUCAAGCGAUUUCCCACUCAGCGGUCACAGACGUGGAAGCAAAUGGGCAGAGGAGGCAGACCCAAGGCCAGGCUGAGCGACUCUGUGGGGAUUCUCAGUUGCUCUCCAGUUGCCAACUAUUUCCAUCCAGUCACGAUGACGGGGGGUUGCCUUCUGCUGCUGUUGGCAGCCCAGUUCUCCCUCUCCAGCCAUGUGGAGCCCAUCUCCCAGCCCUCGAUGGUCCUGGACAUGGCGAAGAUCCUACUGGACAACUACUGCUUCCCAGAAAACCUGAUGGGAAUGCAAGAAGCCAUUGAACAGGCGAUUCAGAGGGGCGAGAUCCUGGACAUCGCCGAUCCCAAGACGCUGGCCAGCGUCUUGACGGCGGGUUUGCAGGGUUCUCUGAACGAUCCCCGCCUGGUCAUCUCCUAUGAGCCCGCCCCCACAGCCAUCCCCCAGCAGCCCCCCGAGCCGGCCUCCCUCCCCGCUGACCAGCUCCUGGAGUGGCUCCGGCUGGCAGUCGGCUCCGAGGUGUUGGAGGGCAAUGUGGGCUACCUGAGGGUGGAUCGCAUCCCCGGCCGGGAGGAGAUCGAGCGAGUCGGGGCUGUCCUGGUGAGGAACUUCUGGGAGAAGCUGACGGGGACUUCGGCCCUGGUGGUGGACCUGCGCCACAGCUUAGGGGGCCACAUCUCGGGAAUUGCUUUCUUCAUCUCCUACUUCCAGCCAGAAGGCCCGGCGCUGCACGUGGACACGGUGUACGACCGCCCAUCCAACGCCACCCGCCAGCUCUGGACCCUGCCCCGGGUCCUGGGGGUGAGAUACGCGGAAGGCAAGGAUGUGGUGGUCCUCACCAGCCGGCACACGGCAGGCGUGGCCGAAGAAGUGGCCUACAUCCUGAAGCAGAUGCGCCGGGCCAUCGUGGUGGGCGAGCGCACGGCCGGGGGCCCCCUGGACUUCCGCAAACUGCGCAUCGGCCUCUCGGACUUCUUCAUCACAGUGCCCGUGGCGCGCUCCCUGGGCUCCCUGGGCUCCCUUGGCGGGGGCGGCCAGUCCUGGGAAGGCAGUGGGGUGCUGCCCUGUGUGGCGGUCCCAGCUGACCGGGCCCUGGCUGAAGCUCUGGACAUCCUGGCCUUCCGCAGGGCCGUGCCCGGGGCUGUCACCCGCCUGGCGGACCUUGUGCGGGACUACUACGCCCUGGUGGACCGGGUGCCAGCCCUGCUCCGCCACCUGGCCGCUCUGGACCUCUCCUCGGUGCUCUCAGAGGUGGACCUGGCCUCCAGGCUCAAUGCCGGCCUGCAAGCCGCCUCAGAGGACCCCAGACUCCUGGUGCGCAGGGUAGAGCCCGAGGAAGCUGAGCCCGGACCCCUGGAGGAGGAAGAGGAGAAGAAAGAGGAGGAAGAGGACCAGCCCACCCCAGGAGCCUCUUUCUUGCCCGGCAAUGGGUCCUCCCGGGAGGCCCCGCUCUUCCGGGUGUCAGUCCUGUCGGGCAAUGUGGGCUACCUGCGUUUUGAUGAGUUCCCCGAGGCCUCUGUGCUGGAGCGUUCAGGCCCCCUCUUGCUGCACGGGGUGUGGGAGCCCUUGGAGGCCACUGACCACCUGAUCGUGGACCUGCGCCACAACCUCGGUGGCCCCUCCUCCGCCGUGCCCCUGCUGCUCUCCUACUUCCAGGACCCGGCUGCCGGGCCCGUCCGGCUCUUCGCCACUUACGACCGGCCGGCCAACGUCACCCGAGAGUACACCAGCCGGGCCGGGGACCUGGAGAAGCCCUAUGGGGCCCGACGCGGCAUCUACCUGCUGACCAGCCACCUCACGGCCACCGCCGCGGAGGAGUUCGCCUACCUCAUGCAGGCCCUGGGCCGCGCCACGCUUGUGGGCGAGAUCACGGCCGGCCGCCUCCUCCACAGCCGGACCUUUCCUCUGCUGCAGCUCCCCCGGGGGGGCCUGGUCCUUACUGUGCCCCUCCUGACCCUCUUUGACCCCCAUGGGGAGAGCUGGUUGGGCGGCGGGGUGGUACCUGAUGCCAUUGUGCUGGCACAGGAGGCUCUGGAGAAGGCCAGGGAGGUGCUGGCCUUCCACCAGACUCUGGGGGCCCUGGUGGAGAACACCCGUCACCUCCUGGAAGCCCACUAUGCCCUCCCUGCGGGUGCCGGGCAGGCCAGGGCCCUGCUGAGCACCAGGCUGGCCCAAGGCGCCUACCGCACAGUGGUGGACCCAGAGUCCCUGGCCUCCCAGCUCACGGGAGACCUGCAGGAGGCCACGGGAGACCCCCGGCUGCUCGUGUAUCACAGCCCUGGAGAGCUGGGCUCCGAGGAGCCGGCCCCACCCCAGCCGGCCAUCCCGUCCCCCGAGGAGCUGGCCUACCUGGUUGAGGCCCUCUUCAAGACUGAACUGCUGCCCGGCCGGCUGGGCUACCUGCGCUUUGACACGAUGGCCGACGGCAAGGUGGUGCGGGCCGUGGGGCCCCAGCUGGUGCGGCUGGUUUGGGAGGAGCUGGUGGACGCGGAGGCCUUGGUGGUGGACCUGCGCUACAACCCCUCCGGCUACUCGGACGCCCUGCCCCUCCUCUGCUCCUACUUUUUCGCGGCCGAGCCCCCGCAGCACCUGUACACUCUCUCCGACCGCUCCGCCGGGUGGACCGCCGAGGUGCGGACGGUCCCACAAGUGGCUGGCCGGCGCUUCGGCCCGCACAAGGACCUCUACAUCCUGAUCGGCCACACUAGCGGUGCAGCCGCUGAGGCUUUCGCCCACACGAUGCAGGGCCUGCAGAGGGCCACGGUGAUCGGGGAGCCCACGGCCGGGGGUGCCCUCGCCGUUGGAGUCUUCCGAGUGGGCAACGGUUCCCUCUACGUCUCCAUCCCCACCCAGGUGGCCCUGAGCCCCAUCACGGGCCAGCCCUGGCCAGUGGCCGGGGUGGAGCCAGACGUGCCGGUGCAGGCCGCGGAGGCCCUGGUCGUGGCCCAGGGCAUCGCGGCGCUGAGGGCCAAGGUGCCCACCGUGCUGCGGACCGUCGCGAAGCUGGUGGCCGACAAUUACGCCUUCCCUGAGGCAGGGGCUGGGAUGGCCACCCAGAUCAGAGGCCUCCAGGCCCAGUGCAGACGGGUCACCUCAGAAGGGGCAUUGGCCGAGGUGUUGGGAGCCCACCUGAAGGCUCUCUCAGGGGACCCGCACCUCCGGAUGGUGCACAUCCCCGAGGAUGCCAAGGACCACAUCCCAGGCGUCGUGCCCAUGCAGAUUCCUUCCGCCGAAACGUUUAAGGAUCUCAUCAAGUUUUCCUUCCGCACCAACGUGAUGGAGGGCAACAUCGGCUACCUGAGGUUUGACAUGUUUGGAGACUGCGAGCCGCUGACGCAGGUGUCCGAGCUGAUGGUGGAGCACGUGUGGAAGAAAAUCGUGCACACGGACGGCCUCGUUAUCGACAUGAGGUUUAACGUAGGAGGCCCCACUUCCUCCAUCUCUGCCCUCUGCUCCUACUUCUUUGAUGAAGACCACCCGGUCCUUCUGGACAAAAUCUACAACAGACCUAAUGACUCCAUCAGUGAGAUCUGGACUCAUUCUCACAUAGCAGGUGAAAGAUACGGUUCCAGGAAGAGUGUCGUCAUCCUGACCAGCAACAUGACCGAGGGAGCUGCGGAAGAGUUCGUGUCCAUCAUGAAGAGGCUGGGAAGAGCUUUGGUGGUCGGCGAAGUGACCAGGGGCGGGUGUCACCCCCCGCAGACGUACCACGUGGACGACACCCACCUCUACAUCACCAUCCCCACCUCCAGGUCCGUCGGCUCUGAGGACGGCAGUUCCUGGGAAGGGGUGGGUGUCACACCACACCUGCUGGUGCCGGCUGACGUGGCCCUGAGCAGAGCAAAGGACUUGUUCCGAGCUCAUUUGGAACACAAAGACUAA